AUGGGGAACUGUCAGGCGGUGGAGACGGCAACGACGGUGAUACAACGACCAGACGGCAAGUUGGAGAGGGUUUACAGCACAGUAACCGCUAGCGAGGUGAUUAAGUCUCAUCCUGGCCACCACGUCGCUCUUCUCAUCUCCUCUUACGUACCUCACGGUUGCUGUCUCCGCGUUACUAGAAUCAAACUACUUCGACCUUCUGAUAGUCUCUUGCUCGCCCAUGUCUGUAGGCUCAUCUGUUCGGAAGGUGAUAUACACCCAUUCCUACUCGCCAAUCUACUUAGAAUCUUCAUCCAUCUAGCCCAACCAAAGAGUGAAGAAGAUGAAGAAGAUGAAGAACAUGUUUCCAUCAACAUGUCUGAAGAUCAUCAGCUAGCAUGGAUGGAACAAUCAGCUGAGUUGUUGCAACGAAUUGAACAGGUAGAGAGAAGGGUAAAAAUAAUGGGUGAUGAUAUAGUUGCACAUUUGAGACUUGUGCAAAGAAGCUUGGUGACACAACUACAAGCAGACACCAUGUACAUCAACGAAGAAGCAAAGAUGAAGAAGGAGCUGAAGUGA